UAUUAACUAAUACUCCUUCCACUGCAAUUGUCUAUUGGAAAGUUAGCUGAAGUUGUUACAGACAGCUACAACUUCUAAAUAAUUGUUGGCGGAAAAAUGUUUUCUUUUCGAAACUGAGAAAGCUGAUUCCUUUUGCCUGAUUUGAAUCCUAAUUUGCAACAGAAAGGGCUAAAAUGGCUCUGUAUCCAUUGCCCGCCGUCAUUAUACUUAACAGAAUCACCCCUUUUACUUCCCGCUUCUUCCCCAAACCUCUAUCUUCUUCCCUUUCCGCCUCCGCCGCCGCCAUUACCUCGACCUUACCACAACACCUUUCCUAUGGACCUUCCCUCCACAAAGGCCACAAAACUUCACACCGAAACUCCGACGAAGAAAGCUUCACUAGAGUCUUCGAUAUCACUGCUUUACGAGUCCCUGCAGAACAAUGUUUCUCACUCGAGAGCAGAUUACGCGGACACCUUUUAAAUUGGCCGCGCAUUCGUAACAUUGCUAGGGUUGCCGGUGAUGAUAUUGAUGACGACUUGAAGGAGUUUAUUGGAAAUGAUAAUACUACUGAUGAUGAAACACAAACAGUAUUGGAACGGAGAAUUUAUGGGAAAGGUGAAGGUGAUGGGGAGAAAAUGUGUUCGGUAUUGUAUAGAGAUAAGCUUGCAAAGACUUUCAAUUCGAUAGGAUAUGUAAAGUUUGAGAAUUUGGCUAAAAUAUCGCGGCCGAAGAAGAAAAAAUGGAAGAGAGAGGAAAAAGAGGGAAAUGUAAGGAAAAGGAGAGGGUAUGGGAGAAGUGAUAUGUCAAUGGUGGAGGUGGUUGAAGAAGAGGGGAGUGGAGAUGAGGAUUUCAGUGGCUUAUUGGGUGAUGAUUUUAGAAGGAGAAAAUGGAAUGGAUGCACGAGGUUAUUGCUAUUGGAUGAGAGGUACGCGAACAAGGGGAUAGAGGAAAUGCCCGAGGCUAUUAAGGCAGUCCUCAAAGAACACAAUGAGGAAAGUACAAGAUUAAGUUUUGAAAUUGUGAGAUGCAAGUUGACAAUAUUAUACAACUAUUGGCAAAUGAAUGAGGUCUUAGAGGUCUUGCUUCCACAAGGUAUGAUUGUUCCUUCAGCUUUUGAGACAGUUGGGCAUAUUGCCCAUCUAAACUUGAGAGAUGAGCAUUUCCCAUACAAGAAACUUAUUGCAAAGGUUAUCCUGGACAAGAACAAGCCGAAGAUACAAACAGUUGUCAAUAAAACUGAUGUCAUCCACAAUGACUACAGAACAAUGCAGCUCGAAGUUCUGGCAGGAAAUCAUUCUCUUGUUACAACUGUAGUCGAGAAUGGACUCUAUUUUGAUGUUGAUUUAGCAGCAGUAUAUUGGAAUUCUAGGCUGGCAACCGAAAGGCAAAGGCUUCUUAGUUGCUUCACCAACAAUGAUGUUGUUUGUGAUGUUUUUGCUGGGGUGGGUCCCAUUGCAAUAUCUGCUGCAAAGAAGGUCAAAUAUGUAUACGCUAAUGAUUUGAACCCUAAUGCUGUUGAAUAUCUGGAGAGAAACUGUGUCCGUAACAAACUUGAGAGGAAGAUUGAGAUUUUUAACAUGGAUGGGAGGAGGUUCAUUGACAGCAUUUUUGCAAGUGAAAAAGCUAGGCCAAUUACUCAAGUAGUAAUGAAUUUGCCUAAUGAUGCUGCAGAAUUUCUUGAUUCUUUUAGAGGAAUUUUCAGAAAUAAGCACGCGGAUAAGCAAUUUACCUUGCCAAGGAUUCAUGUAUAUGGUUUUUCGAAAGCUCAGGAUCCUGAAUUCGAUUUUCAUGAGAAAAUCAGGAUUGCACUGUCUGAGGUGGCUUUUGAGGUACAGAUGCACAAAGUUCGCCUUGUUGCACCAGGAAAAUGGAUGUUGUGUGCAUCAUUUGUUCUGCCUGAGACAGUGGCAUUUGCUAAGUUAACUCUAUAAGUAAUUAUUGUUUGAGUAAUUGAAGACUUCGUCAACAACUACAUGUUACUGUCUAUCCCAGUUUCGGAUGUAAAUGAGUUUUAUCGAAAGCAUAUAUAGGAGAAAAAUUAUAAUGAGAAAGUUUCUAAGUUGAAUAUCUUGUUCUGUAUUCUGUUUUUAGAUUUCUAGUUCUUUACUUGAGGCGUUGAGGUUGUGUAUAACAAGCUUUAUCUGCAAGAUUUUUUUUGUUUUGGUACUU